UGUGAGAGGGAUGAGAAAGAAUCUAAAUAAGAAAGAAUCUAUUGAUGUAUAAGUGUAUAAACACUCUGUCUGUACAUAUAUAAGCAUUAGAAACUAAGAAGAGAAGCAAUCUUUAGCGAAGUUGUUGGAGAGAGAUUAGGGGAGGAAAGCAACAACCUUGAAGCUAGUUCAAACUAGUGGAAGGUUGUCUGCAGGAAAUUAAGGCUUACAAGAAAAGAAAAUCGACCGUUAAGUGUUAAGAGAAUUUUGAGUUUUAAUUAGAAAAAUGGCUCGUGGAAAGGUUCAGAUGAAACGCAUAGAAAAUCCGGUGCAUAGACAGGUUACCUUCUGCAAGCGCCGAUCAGGGCUCCUCAAGAAGGCUAAGGAGCUCUCUGUGUUGUGCGAUGCUGAAAUUGGAAUUCUCAUUUUCUCCGCCCAUGGAAAGCUCUAUGAACUAGCCACCAAAGGAACCAUGCAAGGGCUUAUAGAGAGGUACAUGAAGCCCACUGGAGGUUCAGUGCAGAAUGAGCAAGCCAAAGAGACAGAGCCUCUUGUUCGUACUUGUGUGACUGUGACUGAUGCAAUAGAGGAGAUUAACAUGUUGAAGCAAGAGAUUAACAUACUCCAAAAAGGACUCAGGCACAUUCUUGGAGGGGGAGCUGCAGAAAUGACAAUGGAUGAAUUACUGAUAUUGGAGAAAAAUCUUGAAAUUUGGAUUUGUCAUGUACGCUCAACAAAGAUGGACUUAAUGUCUAAAGAGAUCCAGCUUUUGAAGAACAAGGAAGGAAUACUGAAAGCUGCAAAUCAAUAUCUCCAAGAUAAGAUAGAGGAGAAUAUUGAGAUUACUAACUUUGCGUCAAUGACCACUAAUAUUCCAUAUCCACUAACUAUACAAAAUGAGAUAUUUCAGUUUUAGAAAUAGUUUGAUGGGUUUAUGCAUAUAUAAGUAAUAUAGUCUGUAAGAUGUUUUGGUUGAAUAUGAAGUUUAAUGGGAUGUUAUAAUAUCAAUUAUUAUUAUUAUUAUUACAUGUAGGUUGCUUAUGAGAUGGAAUGUUCCCAAUAACAUUGUCCUUAAACUAAAUAUUAUUAAUGAAUAUUUAAUAUAAUUA